CUUAUAACAGCACUUUCGUGUGAAUAUUGCAUAUGAGCCGGCACAUGCAGUGAGGUAGUGUGGUGCAUUUGUCUUGAUACCGUUGUCAUUCUGGCUGAUUGGUCAUGAGCUACAAUGGAAUUUUAGCUGAUUAAUGAACAAUUUUAUCGGGUGUAAAAAAACUUCGUUGCAAACGAACAAGACUGGAUGGCUAAAUUAUGCACGGAAUAAACUCCACGUACAACUAUACGGUUGCUGUUGUUAGGAGAAAGUGUGCCUUCGACGAUGGGUCAUUAAUUUUACGAAACGGAUCGGAAACGCUUAAAAUAAUUUGCCGGUUAUCGAACGGAACAAACUAACGUCGUGCUGAUUGGCAAAGACAUUUCAAAUAGGAUGUUAUCUUAAGGAUGCUGUCACGGAGACAGCAAACUUUGGACUGUGGAUGGAUGGUUUUUCUAGUAAUAAUACUCCCGCUUUACGUUGUUACGCACACUUCCGCAGCAACUCAUAGACCAUCAUUUGGGUCAAUUGGCGGACGAGCACCAAAAAUCAUUGAGCACCCAGCGGAUGUGAUCGUCCGUAAAAAUGAGCCGGCCGUAUUACAAUGCAAAGCGGAUGGACUGCCCGUUCCCCAGAUUUCAUGGUAUAAAGAUCAUGGGGAAUUGAUUAGCAGCUCCGCGUCCAUUCCACUUUCCGCGGUAUCAACAUUCCUUAAUCAUAAUCCCGAUCAGGAGUUGGAAUUGCCCCGUAUUACACAGCACUCAAAUGGGGGCGCCUUACAUUUCUCCCGCGUCAUACACAAUAAAAAGGGCAAAUCGGACAGCGGUGUUUACUUUUGUUUAGCCCGAAAUAAAUUUGGAGAGGCACGGAGCAAUAAUGCCAGCUUACAAGUAGCGUUUUUGCGUGAUGAAUUUCGCCGCUCACCCAACAGCAGUGUCCGAGUGGCAGCUGCUGAUAACGCACUUCUUGAAUGUCAACCCCCGAGAGGCAUCCCGAAACCGAAGAUCACGUGGAAACGCGAUGGUGUAGAGUUAAAACUAACUGGUCGAUUUGUUUUGAUGGAUGAUGGCAAUCUGCUGAUAACCGGAACAAAACUUUCCGACACAGGAAGCUAUACAUGCCUGGCUGAAAAUGUAGCCGGCAGCCGAGAAUCACCGCCGAGCGCGCUGGUUGUGUUCUCACGCCCAGUGAUCACUUUGCCUCCACAGGAUGUCACAGCACUUGCGGAGCUGAACGUUGUCUUCGACUGCCAAGCCACCGGCGAUCCCAAGCCAACGAUAGCUUGGCGAAAGACGGACGGGAGAUCAGUAACACAGGAUACACGAUUUGCAGUGGAGGAAGACGGCGGAUUACGUAUCGAACAUGUUAGUCCUUCCGAUGAGGGCGCCUACGUGUGUCAAGCCGAUAAUCUGCACGGAUCAGCGACAGCCACUGCCCACUUGACAAUCCAUACACGUCCCACUUUCCUCUUCGCGCCCCGGGAUCAGAUCGUGUCGGUCAACUCCAUGGUCAGCAUGGAAUGUGUGACCACAGGCAAUCCACCACCGGCUGUCUUCUGGUCCAAAGAGGGCAGUCAAAUCCUCAUGUUUCCUGGUCAGCCGCACGGUCGAUAUGUUGUGCACACGGACGGAACACUGCUCAUUGAGAAGGCGUCCAUGGACGAUACGGGUUAUUACAUCUGCUCCGCCCUCUCCGUAGCCGGUUCAGCGCUAGCACGCGGCCAUGUGCAAAUUAUCCCGGCCGUUUCCGCUCCGCCACCGAUCAUUGUCACCGGCCCAUCCAACCAGACAUUAGCCGUUAAUUCCAUUGCCAUUCUGCCGUGUCACGCCAUGGGACCGCCGGUGCCGUCGGUGCACUGGCUAAAAGACGGUGUACUGUUGUUGCUUGCAAAUAAUCCCCGGAUACAGCUAUUAGAUUCCGGUACACUGCAGUUAUCUGAUCUCCGCAUCACCGACUCCGGUAUCUACACCUGUAUUGCCUCAUCGGAAAGUGGUGAGACAAUGUGGUCGGCCGGAUUAGUGGUGGAGGAUCCCACCAAUCCGCAGGUAAUGUUUCACCGUAUGCCGGAUACCGAUCUGCCGGCAGCACCGUCACAGCCUUUCGUUCUCAAUGUAACGGAAACCAGUAUAGAAAUAAGCUGGCGCAGCGGAAACAACGCAGCCGAUCUCACCCAUUCCGGCAGUCCGGCGCUGGUAUAUCGGAUUGAGUAUUUCUGCUUCGAUCAGCCCUCCAGCUGGAUUAUUGUGACGCAAUCGGCGCUAACGAACCAUUACGUUAUUACGGGUCUAAAGCCGGAUGCCUCGUAUAUAUUCCUGGUGCGUGCCGUCAAUCAAUACGGAAUAUCGCCGCCCAGUAAAGUUUCCGAGCUGGUUAGAACGGAGGGCACUGCGCAUCCGGUGCUUGAUUAUGAAUUAGCCGAGGUUAAGGAACGACUGGGACAUGAUGUGGUGAAAAUUGAUGCGAUUAAACCAGUUUCGGCCACCGCGGUUAAUAUUCAUUGGACGAUCCUCCGUGAUGAGAAAUACAUUGCCGGAUAUUUAAUUACCUACCAUGAUGUGUCAUCACCCCAGCACAACAUGACAUCAAUCAGAAUCAGCAAAGGCUCAGCGCCGCAUUACACUCUAUUUAAUUUAAAGAAAUUUACCACGUACGAAAUCUCGUUAACCCCCUUCUACAAGGACAUUAUGGGCAAAGUCAGCAACUCCGUCACAACGAUGACGCUCCAGGACGUUCCCGAUGAGCCUCCUCAAAACAUACGAGUUCAGCUGGUCAACUUGACAGCUCUGCAAAUCCACUGGACGCCACCUGUCGCGUCACUUAAUGGAAAAUUGGCGGGAUAUCGGAUUUUUGUUAUACCCACCGGUGCGUCCACCACGUCAGUUCAUGGCGGAAAUAGCUCGUUUGUCAUCAGUCAAGUGCGAAACAUCAGUGUUGACCAAAGUGACGCGACCACGCAGGUCAUUGGAAACUUAACAACCGGCAUGCGUUACCGCAUUACACUAGCGGCUAGAACGGACGCCGGCUUGGGAGUGCUAAGUAAACCCUUAUACAUCCGCAUGGAGCCAAAUAUUGCCGACACCGCCCAUCUUCUGCAGCAACCAUGGUUUUUGGCAGUUCUCGGGGUUGUGAUUUUGUUACUACUCAUCACACUAUUCUUUAUGUUCAUUUUGCGAAGAAAGGAAAAAGACGGUUAUUAUAAAACAUCAGAAUAUUCAUCAUCGCACGCUCCCAGUCUGCCUUUCCAUCCUUGCGCCCAUCUCAUUACAACCGAGCACGGCACUCUUCUGCCGAAUUCCAUCGUUGGACUUGGAACUGGUCCAGGCUGCGCCAACUGCGGCAAUGUCACAUCCGCUCAUCAUAAUCCUUGCUCAGAGAAUUCAAGUUGGUUACGAUCCGAUAACGAAUGGACCAAAUGCAAAUUGCAUCAGGGGAUGUUUAUGGCUAAUGCGGCCGACAGUGCAGUGUAUAAAGAGACCAAUUCCCUCCUGCGAACCGGCAAACGCACAUGUCCGAUACAUGGUCAUACGGUUGAUUUGGGGCAUGCCGAACGUCGACCGUCAAUGGAUAACAAUGGGGUAGAAAAACUGGAAAGAGAUGACAAUCGGCUGGUGUCCGGUAGUAGCGGUAGUGGAACCGAAACAGGUAACCACAGUACGUCGUCUAAAGCGCAGUCCUAUCCGGAAACGGUCAGCGUGCAUAGCCAGCGCUCCACUCCACAGAGCCAACGCUCCAAUAAGCGUAAUAAUUCCGCGGCACAUUUGCCCGUGAUUCCCGUAAACUGGGCCGACCUCCUACCACCGCCUCCACAACAUCCGCCGCCAGAUCAAUCACAAACUUCCUGCUUAUUCACCAACGACUGCGACGAUAACGAUGAUAACUUUACGGCAUUAGAUUACAAGUGCAAUAAACAUAAAUACCGCGGCGAUGUUUUCCGUACUACACCCUGCGAACACAACCAUAAUCUCCGGAGCGAUUAUCCCUUCGACGAAACCGGUGACUUGUUGAACAGGACUCGCCAAAGACCCGCUUCCGCAUUGCGAUCACCUGUGCAAGCUAGGAAGGUUCCACCGAUCCAGGCCAGCCUGGACAGGGCAUUGGUGUACGCACCACAGCGUUUAGGACACAGAGAUACUCGUACCGCUUCCGUUUUCCGCCAGUUCAUGCCGCAUAGUCUGUCAAAGACAAGGAGUUUCGAAUCGAGCAUUGCCAACGAAGACACCGAGCUGGGAAACGGGAGCAGUGAAAAUGAUCCAAACGAUGUGGACUUUAUCGACGAUGGCGUGCACAGCGAGACCAGUCCGUGUCUCAGUUCCGAGGCAUCUUUCUUCUUGGAUACAGAAGUUUUCAGGAGAAGUCAACCGGGCACCGAAUUGAGUCGACCAGUACGAGAGCCACCCAGACGGGGUAACGAUGCCGAACCGCAUUCAAGAGUCUCUAACACAUACCGCACCGGUGCGGUUGCUGUUACCGGAAAUGGCACCCGACCGCCGAAACCUGUUUCGAGGGCGCGGGGAGUGUUGCAACAUCAAGUGGAUGCGGGCUGGCAACAACCACUAUCAGUGCACCGCCAAGGCCCACCAAAAAAGCCGAAGAGAACAACGCGCGGGUACCGCAGUGCGGCAAAUUCGUCUUGCCCGAGACCCGAAUUCUCUGUGAUGACUCUCCCCGUGGAACGGGCAGAACGACGUGCACUCCGGGAUCUAAAGGUCAAAGUGCAUGCAGAUGAGCGACCAAAAAAGAUAUCGGCAGUGCAGUUAGCAGCCAACGAAACAAAGAUAGUCGAUAUGACCAGUCAAAACAAUCAUAAAAUGCUUCCACUAAACAUGUAAAACGACAGUCUGUUCUAAUUAUUUCUAGUCAUUAGUGUUUGUUUUAAAUUAGAGCUCUUGGUAACACAGCAUUGUUAAAAAAGCUAUUGUAAUUCAUUCUGCCGUCAUAGUUUUAUUGCUACUAUACUGUGUGUGUGUGUUACUGAAACUGAUUGUAUAGUUGGUGUGGUUUUUACGUUUUAAUACUAACUACAAAUAGAAACCACAGCGUAUUGCUUGCCGCGCUUUUGUUU